GAAAUGAAAACGAAUUUUUUGGAGGAAAACGAGAACAAUAGAAGAAGAAAAGACCGUGAAAGCUUUUAGAGCCAAAUGGAAGAGAGAGACAAGGGGAUGCAACGAGAAACUUUCGUAGCCUUUCUCAGACCACAAAACCAUGUUGUUAAUUUUCUCAUGAACUCUCAGCAUCACCAGACCCAGAAAUAUUGUUCUUACGCAGCCAGGAAAGGAAACAUUUUUUUUAUUCAGAGAUCUUCUCCCCCUUUUGCCUUAAGAGACUGAAAUUAAAAAGAUGAUUUCUUCAAUGGCGGCACCUUCUUCCUAUUCUUCAUCUUCAUGGUUCUUAGCAUCAUCCUCUGUGGUGGUUCGAGUUGAGAAGGCCACGAGUGAGUUCUUGAUGGGCCCUGAUUGGACUAUGAAUAUCGAAAUCUGUGACAUUAUCAAUUCCAAUCAUUGGGUGGCAAAAGAAGUACUGAGAUCAGUGAAGAGAAGGUUGCUCAACAAGAAUCCAAAAGUGCAACUACUUUCAUUAACGCUUCUGGAGACCAUGGUGAAAAACUGCGUUGACAUUAUUCACAUUCAAAUUGCUGAAAGAAGCAUACUACCUGAGAUGGUCAAAAUUGUAAAGAAGACGAUGGAUACACGUGUGAGAGACAAAAUAUUAGUAUUGAUAGACUCUUGGCGAGAGGCGUUUGGUGGCCCUGGGGGGAAAUAUCCUCAGUAUUAUUGGGCAUUUCAAGAACUAAAGAAUGCUGGUGUGGGAUUCCCCCCACGUUCAAGGGAUUCAGCCCCAAUUUUUACUCCUCCUGUGUCUCAUCUGGCACGAAAGCAUCCCCAGCUAGGCUACAAAACGCCAACUGAUUCUUCAAUAGUACCUCAGGCUGAAAUUUUAAGUUUUCCAACCAUAACUUCUAUGAGAGGUAUCCUAAAUCUUUUAGCUGAAAUGCUGCAAGCUGUGAACCCAAGCGACGGCCCUGCUGCUGUAAAAGAUGAAGUUAUAGUUGAUCUUGUUGAACGCUGCCGUGCAAAUCACAAGAAACUGCUGCAUAUGUUAACCACAACUGGGGAUGAUGAUGCUCUAGCCAAGGGUCUUGAAUUGAACGAUGCCCUACAAAGUGUGCUUGCAAAGCAUGAUGCCAUAUCUUCUGGUACUGUCUUCCCAAUUUCAGUCAAGGAGAUCAAACAUGAAUCAACUGAGUCACUUGAAGUUGGUAGUAGUGGAGCUGGCCCAAGUAAUACAGAACAAGAAAAUGAACACGCUCUUGUACCUGUGCCUUGUCUUUUAGGUGAAGAAGAAGACGAAGAUGAUGACUUUGCACAACUGUCUCAAAGACAUUCUAAAACCGGUGAAGGAGAGCUGUCAGAUCCUCCAAGUGUGAACAAUGCAUUGGUUCUUCGCGACCCUCCUGUCCGCACAAAAGAACAAGACAUGAUUGACCUAUUAACCAUCACCUUAUCAUCAAACACCUCCACAGAGCCCAUUCCUGAAACACAAGACAUAAUAAACGAAACGCCCUUGGUUGAUUCUUACCCGGGAGGACAUCAGAACAAUUACGUAGCCACUUGGGCUGCUCAACCUCAACCGCAAAUGCAGCCUCAAACUCAGACGUAUUCUCCACCGCAAUAUCCACAACAACCUCAGUAUUUUUAUGAAUUACAGCCACAGCCUCAGUACCCACAGUACUAUGGGUAUACCUCUCAACACUAUGCUCCAACGCCCGGUUAUUAUAGCAACUCAUAUGCAUCAUUUUCUGGAUCUUCAAAUGCCUUCCCAACUUGGGGAAACAAUAAUGGGAUUGCACAAGUUGGUGUGAGUUCCUCAUCUUCUGGGCAAAAGCAAGCGUUUGUUCCGUCAUAUAGGCUGUUUGAAGAUUUGAAUGUUUUGAGUGGUAAUGGGGAUCAAUCAUUUAAGACGACUACGAUGACGGGCAACUCAUCUUCCACCAGCUUGUUUGGGGCAAACACUCAAAGUUUGAUUGGUGGGCGCAAAUGAAAUGGUUCAAUUAAAUGACCGUAUAAGCAUGGGUUGAUAAUCUGCGGCCUCUCUUCGCCAUUUUUCAAGUUCUUUUUGCAGGUUAGAAAUAAUUACACAGUAGUUUGAUGUGAUACCAUGAAUUGUGUAUUUUAGCUCAAUGUAUAAUCAAAUUAUAACUCGAGCGCACAGAUACACAUCAUGAGUGCUAACUCGCAAUACUUCCUUGAAUAAAGCAUAAUCAUCCCCACAUGUGAUGAAUAUCUGGAUUAUGUAGUACAUGGUUGGAGAUUUACAUUUUACCUCUAGCUCUAUAAGGUUAGUUAUUCAUUCUGAAAGAUUUUG